AUGCUCCCCCUGCUCACCCUCCCUGCCCUUGUGGCCGUCGCGGCUGCCACGACCCCUUUCCGCACCCACAAGAACACUGUCCCCUUCAACAGCACCGUACCUGCAGCCCUCUUUUCUCUCGCUCGUCGACAGUGCGACGUUGCCUGUGGCGAAGGGUCAUGCCUCGAGACUGGCCAGACUUGUUGCGAUGAGACCAUCGGCUCAUACUGUGAGGCCGGCUACGUGUGCAACCCUGACGGGUGCUGCCCUGAGGGCGAUAUCUGCGACGGACCAGCCGAGACGUGUAUUGAUGAGACGGAAGCCCUCUGCGGUGUUUUCUGCAUCCCCGGUGAUGCCCAAUGCUGCAACGGUGAUGCGGGUCAGUUUUGCGAAGCGGGUAGCCUCUGUGUGGAAACCGGCUGUGAGCCCAUUGACGGCGGCCCUGUUGACCCUGUCGACCCUACGGAUCCAACAGGCCCUACCGACCCUACUGGUCCUGUCGACCCUACGGAUCCCACCGGUCCCGUGGAUCCUGCCAAUCCUACCGACCCUACGGAUCCUACGGAUCCUGUGAACCCUACCGACCCGACCCCGACGCCCGGCACCGGGAACGGCAGCGGUGGAAACAACGGUGGCAGCAAUGGAGGCAAUGGCAACGAUGGAAACAACGGAAGCAAUGGCAAUAAUGGAAAUAACGGCAACAACGGCAACAACGGCGCCAAUGGCAGCAACGGCGCCAACGGUGCCAAUGGUAGCAACGGCAGCAAUGGGAAUAGCAACGGCAACGGCUCGAGCGCAGGUCAUGUUAGCAGCCCACAGAUGGCGCUUCUCCUGCUUGUCUUCGGAGCCUUGCUGCUCCUAUAG